CAUCCCCAUUCGUGGCGACUGAAGCUCCCUCGGACACUUUGCACCGUGCCUGGCAAGAUGCACGGAGCAGCAGCUCCUCACUCAGCUCUUGGCGAGGAUGGUGGAGGUGUUUGUGCAACAGGUGGACGCUACCCAGCUCUGCAAGACCGGUAAUGGCAACAGCAGUCCAAAAUGAAGUCUGGUCCACUUCCUUGUGUGUUUGGCUCAUUGCUGUUCCUCCAGUCUUUAUCACUGGGUCUGGCUUACAACCAACUACCUUACUUCCUGAAUUACUACUUUGAUCAAUAUUUUUUAGUCUAUGAAAAUGUUUCUGUCGGAACCUCCGUGACCAAACUGCGGGCCAGAGAUCCAGACAACGACACGCUUGUGUUUGGUGUCGCGGGGGAAGAAGCCAGCAAAUACUUUGCCGUGGAAAGCGAGACCGGUGUGGUAUGGCUUCGCCAGCCUCUGGAUAGAGAGCUGAUCUCGGAACUUCAAGUGGAAUUCUCCGUAAGCGACAAGCAGAGUGUGAUUAAAGGCAUUGUCAAUAUUCAAGUGGGCGACGUGAACGACAAUCCACCCGUGUUCCACAACCAGCCCUACAGCGUGAGAAUCCCUGAGAACACACCGACAGGGACACCGAUAUUCAUAGUGAAUGCCACGGACCGCGAUCAGGGAACCGGGGGCAGUGUGCUGUAUUCCUUCCAGCCUCCAUCACGCUUCUUCACCAUUGACGGUGCCAGGGGAGUGGUGACUGUCCAAAGACCCCUGGAUUAUGAGACCACUCGAGCCUACCAGCUACAAGUCAAUGCAACGGACCAGGAUAAAGACCACCCACUCUCCACGUUGGCUAACCUGGCGAUCACUAUCACAGAUAUCCAGGAUAUGGACCCCAUUUUCAACAACCUUCCUUACAGCACAAACAUACAUGAAAACUCCCCACCUGGUAAGACCGUGCGAGUUAUUACGGCGCUGGAUCAAGACCGCGGACGGCCUCGGGGAAUUGGUUACACCAUCGUUUCGGGGAACACCAACAGCAUCUUUGCCCUCGACUACAUCAGUGGAGCUCUGACUCUCAGUGGACCUCUGGAUCGGGAAAACCCCCUGUACAGCUCGGGAUUUACGUUGACUGUGAGGGGGACUGAGCUGAACGAUGACCGAACGCCAUCAAACGCCACCGUCUCCACCACGUUUAAUAUCCUGGUCAUUGACGUCAAUGACAAUCCUCCACAAUUCAACCGGUCUGAAUACAUCGUCAGCAUCACAGAGCUGGCUCAGGUGGGCUUCGCUCUCCCUCUCUUCAUCCAGGUGCAAGACAAAGACGAUGUUCCCAACAACAUGUUUGACGUCCAGCUCAUUGGAAACAACUCUGACCACUUCACUAUUUCCCCGACGUCUGGCCAGGGCAAGAUCGAUAUCCGGAUGCGAGUGGCCGAGCCCUUGGAUUACGAGCGCAUCGCCCACUACCAGUUUUCACUCUUUGCGAACGAGACCUUCUCUGAUCACGUUGGGUUUGCACGCGUGAAGAUUGACCUCGUCAAUGAAAAUGACAACCGGCCAGUAUUCAGCCAGCCGCUCUACAACGUGAGCUUGUACGAGAACGCCACGGUCGGAAUGAUGCUUGUCCAUGUCCUCGCAACAGAUAAUGACAUUGGAAGCUAUGGAGACAUUCAUUAUUUCUUCAGUGACGACUCUGACAGGUUUGCAAUCAACAAGGAUACUGGCAAGAUAACGCUGAUCCGGAGUCUGGACUUUGAGACCACGCGGCGAUACACGUUAACCCUGAUAGCGAGAGAUGGCGGGGGCGAGGAGAGCACGGGCCGGCUGCGCGUCAACGUGUUAGAUGUCAACGACAAUGUCCCCACCUUCCAGAAGGAGACCUACCUGGGAACGAUUCGAGAGAACGAGGCUGCCCCAGUGCAGGUGGUCCGUGUGCGGGUGAUCGAUGAUGACUCCCCACCAAAUAACCAGAUCACCUACACCAUUUUCAACGCCUCCAUUCUCAGCAACUCCUUUGAUAUCGGGGUGUCAGAAGGCUAUGGAGUUGUGAUCGUCACCAGGCCCAUUGACUUUGAACAGGUACCAGGAGGGUUCAUCUACCUGACUGUCAUGGCCAAAGAUGCUGGGACCCCGCCUCUCCAUAGUACAGUACCUGUGAUUGUCGAAGUCUUUGAUGAAAAUGACAAUUCUCCAACUUUUAGCCAACCCUCCUAUGUCAUGGCAGUCUCUGAAAACAUCAUCGCAGGAGCGACCGUAUUGUUUGCCACCGCAUCUGAUUUGGACCAGUCUCGGGAGUACGGGCAGGAGUCAAUAAUCUACUCUUUGGAGGGAUCCUCACAGUUUCGCAUCAACACUCGCUCAGGGGAAAUAACCACAACUUCACUGCUGGACAGAGAGACCAAAUUUGAGUACAUCUUGAUAGUCCGAGCAGUAGAUGGCGGAGUGGCAAACAACCAGAAGACGGGAAUAGCCACGGUGAACAUAACUCUGCUUGACAUUAAUGACAAUCGCCCUGUUUGGAGGGAUGAGCCAUACUUGGUCAACGUGGUUGAAAUGUCACCAGUUGACACAGAUGUCAUAACUGUGUCGGCCUAUGACCCAGACCUGGCUGAGAAUGGCUCUGUGGUGUACACCAUCAGCCCUCCAAACCCUUUCUAUCGAAUAAGCAGAACCACGGGGAAGAUCCGAACUUCAGGAGCAGUGUUGGACCGAGAGAAUAAAGAUGCCAGGGAUGCUGAAAUGAUGAGAAAAAUUGUUGUUUCAGCCACGGACCAGGGAAGGCCAGCUCUCCAAGCCAGCAGCAGCACCAUUGUUUCCGUCAACCUGUUGGAUCUCAAUGACAACGACCCAGCUUUCCAAAAUUUACCAUUCACCGCUGAAGUGCGAGAGGGUCUACCCAUAGCCUCGUCCAUUUUCCAGGUAUCGGUGCUGGAUCCAGACGAAGGGAUGAAUGGAUUGGUCACGUACUCAAUGCAAGUGGGCAUGCCCCGACUGGACUUUGUGUUAAACGCCAGCUCGGGCGUGAUCACCUCCACGGUGGUGCUAGAUCGAGAGAGGAUAGCCGAGUAUUACCUCCGGUUGAUAGCCAGUGAUGCAGGAGCAGUGCCGAGGAGUUCCACCAGCACCCUGACCGUAAGAGUGAUGGACAUGAAUGACGAGACUCCGACGUUCCACCCAGCUGUUUACCGCAUCUCUCUGCUGGAGGACGUGCCCAGGGAUUAUGUGGUCGUUCAUCUCAACUGUACCGACGCAGACGCCGGUCUGAACGCUGAGCUCAGUUACUUCAUCACAGGUGGAAACAACGAUGGAAAAUUCAGCGUUGGCUUUCGAGACGGAAUUGUCAGAACUGUGGUGAACCUGGACAGAGAGACUCAAGUUUCUUACACACUGAUUUUGGAAGCUAUCGAUAAUGGUCCCGCAGGAGGCAGAAGGACAGGGACGGCCACUGUGUACGUCACGGUGAUGGACGUCAAUGACAACCGCCCCAUCUUCCUGCAGAACACCUACGAGGCCAAUGUCCCUGAGAACAUCACCAAGUCCACUAGCGUGCUACGGGUGGAAGCUACUGAUGCAGAUGAAGGAGAUAAUGGGAACAUUUGGUACAGAAUCCUCUCAGGAAAUCCCAUUGAUAACUUCCGGAUGGACCAAGGCACCGGACUCAUCUCCAGAGGAACCCACCCUCUAGACCGAGAGGGCAGUACCACCCAUGUGCUAGAGGUGGAGGCCUACAACAGUGACUUUGGGAGGAUGCGGAGUUCUGUCAGAGUGAUCGUGUAUGUGGAGGAUGUGAAUGAUGAGACGCCAGUCUUUACCCAGCUGCAGUACAACCGGCUCGGCCUGAGAGAAACAGCAGGGAUCGGCACAUCAGUCAUUGUGGUCCGGGCAAGCGAUGGGGAUACAGGUGAUGGAGGUACAGUGGCCUACACCAUUUUGAGUGGAUCGGACGGGAAGUUUUCCAUUGACGAGAGCACAGGUCUGAUCACCACGGUGGAUUACUUGGACUACGAAACCAGCACCAGUUACCUGAUGAACAUCUCUGCCAUGGACCAGACCACACCUUACAACAGGGGUUACUGCACUGUGUACAUCACCCUGUUAAAUGAAUUGGAUGAACCUGUGCAGUUUACAAGUCUAGUGUAUGAAGCCACCAUUACAGAGAACAUCGCCACUGGGACUGAGGUGGUUCAGAUUCAAGCCCGUUCUGCUGACAACAUGAACAUGAUCACCUAUAGAUUCGACCCGGACACCUCUGCUCAAACACUGUCCCUGUUCCAGAUAAACAGAGUUACUGGGAUGAUUACAGUCAGAGGGCAAGUGGAUCGGGAGAAGAGCGAUUACCAUCUCAUCACUGUCAUCGCGGAUGACGGUGGACCUAAAAAAGACUCCACUGUGGUCAUCAUCACGGUGGAGGAUGAGAAUGACAAUGGGCCAGUGUUUGAUGCCAGCUCAGAUUCCUCUGUGGAGGUGCAGGAGGAUGCUCCCGUUGGGAAGCAGGUAGCUGUCGUCUCUGCACGGGAUCUAGACGCUGAGAGGAAUGGACAGGUUAAUUUCACUAUUCUGUCUGGAAAUACUGACGGAGCAUUUCGGAUUAAUACCACUAACAGAAGUCGCGGAGAGAUCUACCUUGCUCAACACCUGGACAGAGAACAGACCGACAGAUACGUGUUAACGGUCCAGGCCUUUGACAAUGGUUUGCCACCACGCACGACAAAUCACAUCGUCACCAUUAAAGCUGUGGAUGUCAAUGACAAUGCUCCGGAGAUCAUAAACCCUGGCAGCUACAACCUCAGCAUUUAUGAGAAUGUCGGUGGAGGUACGCCGGUCACCAGGGUUCAAGCCAUAGACAUGGACUCCGGUGCCAACGCAGUGCUCUACUAUUACAUCACCCAGGGCAACAAGGAUCUCACCUUCCGAAUCGACCGGCUGACGGGGGACAUUGUUACCCGCCCGUCUCCGCCGGACCGGGAGAGACAGAGUUUUUACCGGCUAACCGUCACGGUGGAGGAUGACGGCACCCCUUCACUCUCGGUGACAACGUCCGUACUUGUCAACAUAUUGGAUGAGAAUGACAACCACCCAGUGUUCCACCAGCAGCAGUACGACAUCACCUUGGAUGAAGGGCCGUCUAGUUUGGAUUCUUUCACUGUCAACGUGAACGCAACCGAUCGGGACGAAGGUCCCAAUGGAACCGUGACUUAUGCCAUUGUUGACGGAAACAUAGACAACACAUUCACCAUCCACAGUACCAUGGGUGAAAUCAAGGCAGUGAAAGAAUUGGACUAUGAGUUGUGCCAUGGCCGAUACACACUCAUUGUUACGGCCACUGACCAGAGUCCAAAGCCUGCACACCGCCUGACCACCACCACCACAGUGAUCGUCAAUGUGAAUGAUAUCAAUGACGUGGUCCCGAGGUUUCUUCACCCUUACGAGGGACCAUUCGAUAUCACCGAGGGUCAGCCCGGGCCGAGAGUGUGGACAUUGCUGGCAGAAGAUGAAGACUCAGGACCCAAUGGCCAAGUGGAAUACAGCAUCAUCGCAGGCGAUCCCCUGAAUGAGUUCAUCAUCUCUCCAGUGGAAGGGGAGCUGCGUGUGAGAAGAGAUGCAGAGUUAGAUCGGGAGAGUGUGGCGUUUUAUAACAUAACCAUCAUGGGCAAGGACAGAGGAACGCCACCGCUCAGCAGUACGGUACUGGUUGCAGUCCGUGUCCUGGAUGUUAACGAUAAUGAUCCCGUGCUCCAGAACAUUCCACGCAACUGCACCAUCAGUGAGAACACUGCUGCGUCCACAAGUGUAGCCAGGGUGCAAGCCACCGACAUUGACAGUGGCCACAACGCCCUCCUCACCUUUCACAUCUCUGCUGGAAACAUCGAUAACACCUUUUUUAUCAAUGAAACAAUCGGUGUCAUCUAUGUCAACCGGCCCCUGGAUCGGGAGCAGACCGCUGAGUAUCGACUCACUAUCACCGUGAAAGACAGUCCGGAAAACCCAAGACAUGCUCGAAGAGAUUCCGAUUUGCUGAUGAUCACCAUCUCGGAUGAAAAUGAUAACAGACCCAUAUUCACCCAAACUUCCUACCAAGCUGAAAUUACUGAGAAUCCAGAAGCAGGUGCAUCAAUCACCCUGAUGAAUGGGCCCAUUUUAGCCAUCGACCGUGACGAAGGGCCAAACGCUGUGGUUAGUUACCAACUGCUGGGGAACAGGUCCGACUUCUUCACUGUUGACAGGAACACAGGGAUGGUUUCUAUGACACCAGGAAAGACAAUCGACCGGGAGUCUUUGCCCAGCGCUCACCUGGAGUUUACCUUGAUAGCAGAAGACAUUGGCCUGCUGAGAAGUGAAGCUGACCUUAUAGUAACCAUCCUGGAUCAAAAUGACAACGCACCAGUCUUCACCCCGACUGCACUGACAGUACAUGUUCGGGAAAACAGUCCCUCAGGCUUCAGUAUCGUUCAGGUGAUAGCCACGGAUGCCGACACAGGUGUGAAUCAACAGCUGAGCUACCGAAUCGAGGGGGGCGCCCAGGAUAAGUUUCUCAUUGACCCUCCCAGUGGAGUUAUCAAGGUGGCCAAUGGAGUAACAAUAGAUCGAGAAGAAAAGGGCUCUUACACAAUAGUGGUGGUUGCGAUGGACCAAGGAACUCCGCCAUUGUUGGCUAACGCCACUGUGAACAUCAUAGUAGACGAUGUCAACGACUGCCCUCCCGAGUUUGUGAACCCGGUGCAGACUAUCAGCAUCAGUGAAUCGGUGACAGUCGGGAGCAUCAUAGCGAACCUUACAGCCAUCGACCGUGACCUCCGACCUCGACUGGAGUACUACAUCAUCGGGAUUGUUGCGAAGGACGAUGCUGACAAAGUGUUGGAGGAGCAGCAGAGAGCUUUUGACAUCAAUUUUCAAACAGGUGCUGUAUUUGUAAGAAGGCCUUUGAAUCGGGAACUGGUAGCGACAUAUGAGCUCACUAUAUCAGUUCAUGACAAUGCCAGUGAAGAGAUCACUCACUCUGUCAGUGUGCCCAAUGCGAAGUUGACUGUGAACAUCCUGGAUGUGAAUGAUAACCCUCCACGAUUCAGACCGUUCGGGGUGAGGAUUUUCACGGAGAGGAUUCUGGAGGGAGCAAGGAGUGGGACGACGCUCCUCUCUGUGUCUGCCGUAGAUCCCGAUAAAGGCCCCAAUGGCCAGAUCAGCUACGAGCUCUUGAACCUUCCUCCUGGGGACUACAUCAGGCUGGAGGAUCCAGCUGCAGGAAAAAUAGUUGCAAGUAGAACAGUGGAUUAUGAAGAGGUCCAUUGGCUGAACUUCACAGUCCGUGCAGUGGAUCACGGAUCGCCAGCUCGAUCUGUCGAGGUUCCUGUUUUCCUGCAGAUCCAGGACGUCAACGAUAACAACCCCGUCUUUGUGCAAGUCCCCUAUCAGAAGCCCGUGUUUGAAGACGUGUCCCUGGGCACGGUGAUUCUCCAGGUCCGAGCCGUGGAUGCAGAUAACGGCCGAUUCUCCCAGAUCGAAUACAACCUUGUCGACGGCGAGGGCCGGUUUGGGAUCAACCACGAAACGGGCGAUAUUUAUAUUUUGGCUGCUCUUGAUCGGGAGAAGAAAGACCACUACACGCUGACAGCCGUUGCCAAGGACAACCCAGGCGACAUUGCACGUAAUCGCAGAGAGAACGCUGUGCAGGUGCUGGUAACUGUCCUGGACGUUAACGACUAUCGCCCCAAGUUCUCGAAGAACGUGUUUAGCACCAGCGUGUACGAGAAUGAGCCUGGAGGGGCCUCGGUGGUUACCAUGACAGCGACAGACCUGGACGAAGGGGAAAAUGCGGAGUUACAGUACAGUAUCCAGGGAGCAGGAGCAGAGGCCUUUAGGAUCGAUGAGGACACAGCACUGAUCACCACCACAAGGCUCCUGGAAUCCUACGAGAGGUUUAACUUGACCGUGGUGGCCACUGAUAAAGGCAGGCCACCAUUGUGGGGCACAACUCUGCUCAAGGUCGACGUGAUCGAUGUCAACGACAAUCGACCUGUGUUUGUGAGGCCCCCCAAUGGGACGAUACUACACAUCAUGGAGGAGAGAGAGCCGGGCUUCAACGUGUAUGAGGUGCUGGCCACAGACAACGACGAGGGUGUAAACGGAGCUGUCCGAUACAGCUUCCUGAAGACAGCCGUCAACCGAGACUGGGAGCAUUUCAACAUCGACCCCCUCAGCGGAAUCAUCAACACCACAGCCAGGUUGGACAGGGAGCGGCAAGCCGUCUAUAAUCUCAUUCUCCUGGCCUAUGACCUGGGGCAGCCCGUUCCCUAUGAGACCACACAGCUCCUGCAGGUGGCCCUGGAUGACAUCGAUGACAAUGAGCCACUCUUCCUCAAACCACCCAGAAGUUCGCAGUACCAGCGCCUCUUUGUGGCUGAGCACUCUGACCCUGCCACAGUGGUGGGCAAUGUGACCGGAGCCAUCGAUGCGGAUGAGGGGCCCAAUGCCGUGGUCUACUACUUCAUAGCAGCUGGAGAUCCGGACAACAACUUUCAUCUGAACAGGAAUGGGCUUCUCAAGGUGGUGAAGGACCUGGAUCGAGAAAUGAACCCAUUCUACACCAUCAUUGUCAAGGCCUCAAGCAACCGCAACUGGAGGUCUUCAAGGCAGAAGAGUCGGGUCUUUGACCCCAGCACCGACCUCACCCUCCAAGAGGUCCGCAUCAUCCUGGGGGACAUCAAUGACCAGCCACCGAUAUUCACCAAGUCAGAGUACACCGCUGGUGUUGCCACUGAUGCUAAAGUGGGCUCCGAACUGAUCAGAGUAAAGGCCUAUGAUUCUGACAUUGGAAACAACAGCCUCGCCUUCUAUCAGAUCAUUAACAUCCGCUACAUCAAGCAGCAGUUCAAUGAUUCUGAAGAUGUUGGGAAUGUCUUCAUCAUUGGGGAGAAUGAUGGUAUUGUGAGGACGUUUGACCUCUUCACGGCCUACAGUCCUGGGUAUUUCCUGGUGGACAUCAUGGCGUCAGACCUGGCCGGGCAUAACGACACGUCAGUGAUCGGCAUUUACAUCCUGAGGGAUGACCAGCGGGUCAAGAUUGUCAUCAACGAAAUCCCCGAGAGGGUGCGGGAAUUUGGCGAGCAAUUCAUUAAGUUGCUUUCCAACAUCACAGGAGCCAUCGUCAACACAGAUGAUGUGCAGUUUCACGUCGACCAAAAGGGGCGGGUGAAUUUUGCCCAGACAGAUGUGCUGAUCCAUGUGGUGCACAAGGAAUCCAACCGCAUCUUGGAUGUCGAGCGAGUAAUACAAAUGAUUGACGAAAAUAAGGAACAACUAAGGAAUCUGUUCCGGAAUUACAAUGUCCUCGAUGUCCAGCCCGCUGUGACUGUCAGAGCAGCUCAUGAUAUGACAUCCCUGCAGAUGGCAAUAAUCAUUCUUGCAGUGUUGCUGUUCCUGGCUACCAUGCUGUUCAUCUUUAUGAAUUGGUAUUACAGAACAGUGCACAAAAGAAAGUUGAAGGCCAUUGUAGCAGGUUCCACUGGUAAUCAAGGGUUUAUGGACAUAUUGGACAUGCCAAACACCAACAAGUAUUCAUUUGAAGGGGCAAACCCCGUUUGGCUUGAUCCUUUCUGCAGGAACCUGGAGCUAGCGGCUCAGGCUGAUCACGAGGAUGACCUGCCGGAGAACCUCAGCGAUAUCACAGAUCUUUGGAACAGCCCAGCCAGGACCCAUGGAACAUUUGGACGUGAACCUCCCGCAUCUAAGCCGGAGGAUGAUCGAUACUUACGUGCAGCCAUACAGGAGUACGACAGCAUCGCCAAACUAGGGCAGAUCAUGCGGGAGGGCCCAAUAAAGGGCUCCCUCUUGAAGGUGGUUCUGGACGACUACCUGCGGCUGAAGAAACUCUUUGCGGCUCGGCUGGCUUACAAAUCUACCACCAGUGGGGAUCAGUCGUCUGUGCUGGAGCUGAUCCCCAGCGACAUGGAGGACGAUGACGAGAAGCCCCCCAGCCGAGGAACACUGCGCUUUAAGCAUCGCCACCCGGUGGAGUUGAAAGGUCCGGAUGGAAUCCACAUGGUCCACGGCAGCACCGGCACAUUGCUGGCCUCCGACCUCAACAGCUUGCCGGAGGACGACCAGAAAGUCUUGGUCCGAUCCCUGGAGACUCUGAACACAGACUGUGGGAGCUACACAGACAGAAACACCAGGACUGAGUCUGCAAAGUCCACCCCAUUGCACAAGAUGAAAGAAAGGGUGAGGGACAUCCCAUUGGAAAUCACAGAACUCUGACAGCAGGGCCAGCCUGUGAUCCCCACCAAUCUUUUACCACAAGUGACAGACUGGGGCUAAAGCCUAGCAGCAAUAUUCAGUGGCUAUUGCAGUCAGGGGAAACUGUACAAAAAGAGCGUUUACUACAAACAAUCCACACUGCCGCUACCAGAAAGAUAUCGGCCCGAUGCAAAUUAAAGCCUGAAGACGUACAGAAUCAUCAAAAUGAUUCAGUCUGGUGGAGGCCACCAUGUGUAACCAGAUGCCAUCAGCUUGAACUCAAAGUGGUGUAUGUGCGUGUGUUCCCGUGUGUGUGAAAACCUGUUCUCCCACCCCCAUUUGUAGUUUUAAUUUCAAUGGCUCAACUUGGUCAAUAAGGACACAAGGAGCAACAUCCAAUUUUAAAAGAGAAAUAGUUGAAUUUCUCAGCAAGCUCUGAGGGAGAGUUUUAAGUGUUUUGGGGAAUGUGGGGGGGGGGGGGG